CUGACCUCGGGUUUCCGGGGAACCACAAUGCCAACGGUCACGGAGACACCAAAGUAUCUCGCAAAGUCACUAACUAUUUAUUACAAACAUAAUAUUGGAGCGUACUCUGGAGUCGGAUUGAAGGUGCGGAAUCUUCUACCGACUGGAGCGACAACAUUAGGCAUUUAUUACGACAAUCCAAGAGUAUGUUCAGAGUUUAUUACAGUAGAUGGUGAGGACCUGUACACGGAUAAUUAUGCCCAACAACUUAAUCGAUGGGGUUACGAGAGGAUGGUUUUACCUAAGGUUCGAAUACAUGGCCCAUCCCUCACAGAUAGAUCAUCAUCACGAGGUUUGUCUUCUUUUUUUACCAAGUCAGCUUACUCCGCCUUGCAGAACAACCGCUUGGAGACGUCGCUGGCUGUCGAAUUUUAUGAUACGAACGAGAUUUGCGUCACCUUCCCACUUGAUCACGCAAAGGAGUUUAUGAUUCCAGAGUAUCUUCCGCUAGAGGUUUUGGAGUCUAAAUUGAAUAAAAAGAAGUUCGAUUCUGAUGAAGAAUGUAGUGAAAGUGAAAGUGACCCACAUUCGGAGCUAGAAGUUCCAGAAAGCGGCGAAAUAGAAGUUGAAGCUGCCGGUAUUGGAGACAAGAAAGCCGAUUAA